CAAGCCUAUUGCGAACUACAUCCAACCAUGCAGUGAGAAAAACCAAGAGAAUUGUGUCACUCAUAGCCCACCAAUCAAUAUACACAAAAGACCAUGUAACCCUUCAGACCGCUGCCGUGGUGGAGGGAGCCAAGCAGGAAAAACUGAGAGUAAAGCUCAAGUUUCAGCUGCCACAGAACAGUUUGGAGUUGACGAUCAUACUCUGCUUGACUUGGUUUUUGCAAUGGCUGUUGGCUGGGUGCUCUUUCUCUUUUGGUGACUUGUCUGUUUUUGUAGGAAUUUGUGUCAUGUUCAAACAAGAGAUUGCUGCUCUCCAUAUUAUGGCUUCUCUCUGCUUUGGUGCUCUUAUGUUGCCCACUGUGCUCUGUGGAAGUGACUCACAAACAACACCAAUCAACUGCAAGCCUAUUAGUAACUACAUCCCGCCAUGCAGUGAGAAAAACCAAGAGAAUUGUGUGACUCAUAGUUCACAAGCCAAUGAACACCAAAGACCAUGUAACUCUUGGGAUCACUGCCGCGGUAGUCAGAGUGUAGCUGGAUCAGAAAGCAUGAGUAAAACUCAAGUUUCAUUGGCCACAAAACAGUUUGGACUAUGGAGUGCAAGAUCAUACUCCCCUUGGACUUGGUUUUGCAGUGGAUGUUGGCUGGGUGCUCUUUUCUUUUUUAGUGUCUGGUCUGUUUUUGGUAUGAAAUUCAUGUCUAAAAUCAACAAAUUGCAAGAUUAGUAAACUAUGUCAUUUAUUUCAAACGGUAACUUUUCGUGUUCAUGUAUUAAGUUUUUUACACAGAUGUUUGAUGAGAAAUUAGAGAAUCCAACACAUUUGUGUUUUAAGUCUGCAAAGUUCAGUAUUAAUCUCUGUUUAUCAUUGGCCAAAAACAAAAAAAAUAUCUGCAUAUCUGCUUCAACAUCGCCCCUUUGUUUGGUCAUCAGCUGCUUGUCCCUUAUGUUUUAUAGGAGGUAUGGUCUUUUAUGUUUGGUAGGAGGGAAACAGGAGGAAGAAAAGGGUUGACAUUAUGUUUGUACGAAGAAAAGAGGAAGGAAAGGGCUUACAUUAUGUUUGGUAAGUGGGAAAAAGAAAGAGGAAUGGGGGAAAAUAAUUCUUAUAAUUUAUAUUUUUUGCUUGA